AUGAACACCACCGGUGGCAUGUAGUGAUGGAAAACCAUUGUCAUGGCCGUGGGCCCACAAAUCUCUCCACAAUUGAGUCUUUCCGUCCCUCGACUGGGACCUGAAGCUUCAAAGGUUGCGGUGAACGGCCCGGUUCAGUCCCCUCGGGCACAGGCGUGCUCGCCGGCGCAGCGCUACCCUGUGGCCAUGGCACCGGCACCAGCGGCACCAGCGGCACCGCUGCGUGCGCGGCGCAGCAAGGUGUCCUUCGAACGGCCCGUGGCCCCGCUACGGUCGGGCGAAAUGAGCCCGGCCGACUGGUCCGGGUCACUGCGAAGGGGCCAGGGACCACUGAAGCCGGUGAAACCGGAGCCGCCACGGAGCAGGUCCCUGAGCGAUUUGGCGCAACACCUGGGAUUGGAGGAGGUGGAACUCAUGGGAUCUCCGAGGGCCACACCGUCCACACCCAGUCGCGUCAAGAGUGUCAAAGCUGCGCAAGCUGCGGCACCCAAGGCACAGAUGUCUCACGUGUCUCACGUGUCUCCUUUCGGAGCCAAGAGAAGACAAUCCCCUCGCCCGUAUGGGCCACGUGCUGAUCGCGAUCUGUGGGAGCUGGAAGCCCUUCAGCCUUCUGCGGAGCCCUCGGGGGUGCCAUUUCUGGAAACCUCAGAAGCGUCUGAAAGCCUUCCAGACUAUACGGGCUACAACUGGCCAUCGGAACAGUUUGAGCCGCUGGGGUCCAUGAUCCGAUCGCUGGAGUUUCAGGUGAGUGCUCUCUUCGAGUUGAUGGACGCGCACAGCGCCGAAGCUGAUGCUUCGGUCCUGGAAGUCAUCAACAGGAAGCGUGAGGCGGUGGAUGACACCUUUCAGGCCUUGAAGGAAGCUGUUUGGUGGACGAGGCCAUAG